AUGCGCAUCCACGAGAGCGGAAUUGCCCGCCGCCUUGACACAUCCACCCCGCCGAGCCCCACUCCCAAUCCACCACCUUGUGCACCCACUAACCACUCCCCAACCGACAUCGACGCCACCGACCUUACCACCCCUCACUCCUCCCCUUCCUCCUCCUCUUCCUCCAUCACUGCCACAACGACGGCCGCUUCGGCGUCUUUCGCCCACGACCUCACCAUAGCCGAACCUGACACAACAACAGGCACAACCCCUGCAACCUCCAUCAUCAGACGUGAGGGCCAGGGCUACAUCUGCCCUCACUGCGAUCGCACCUUCACCUCACGCAUCGGCCUGGUCGGUCACUUGCGAAUCCAUCGCACAGAGACUGGCGAACCAGUGCCUGGAGCACCAACCUACACCCACCGCACUCGCCUCCAGUGCCCACACUGCCCUCGCACCUUCACGCAUCGCAUGGGUCUAUUCGGUCACAUGCGCAUCCACGACGACCUGCGGUAG